AUAAAUUCAUUCAUUUGUGAUCUCAAUCCAAACAAACGACAAAUAUUGAUGUUUUUUCCAAAUGUGACCACCGAACGAAGAUAUUGACAGCAACGAAAACAAAACGAAAACAAAAAUGGUUAAAAUGAAUCGCUCGUUAACGAACAUCAUAAACCUAAGCAAUAGUAUAAUUGGUGUAUCGAUUUUAGCAAUGCCAUUAUGUUUUAAACAAUGUGGUAUUAUAUUAGCCUUAUUCAUCAUAUCGUUCAGUGCCUUAUUAAAUUAUUUUAGUUGUUAUCUUUUACUAAAAUCAUCAAUCAUAAAUCGACGAAGAAAUUUUGAAUUAUUAGCAUAUGAUGUAUUCGGUACCGGUGGUAAAACAUUAGUAGAAAUUUGUUUAUUAUUAUUUUUAUUGGGAACAUGUGUUGCAUUUUUUGUUAUUGUUGGCGAUAUUGCACCAUCACUUAUAUCACAUAUAUUCGAAUUGGAACAAGGACCACAAUUACGUGCAUUAUGUAUGACAUUUUUAGCAAUGUUUAUCAUAUUACCACUUGGUUUAUUACGUGAUGUUAAUAAUUUAACAUCAUUUUCAAUGAUGUCAUUGAUUGUUUAUUUAUUUUUGGCCUUACGAAUGUUAUAUUUAUCAAUGGAUAAAUUUAUCCUUAUUCAACCGAAUAUCAGUAUAUUAAAUCAAUUAAAUUAUUGGAAUUCAUCAUUUAUCAUUACAUAUUUACCAAUAUUUUCAAUGGCAUUAUCAUGUCAACCACAAUUGUUUGAAAUAUUUAAUGUUGAUUUAUUUCAAACAACCAAAACCGGUUCAUCAUUACGAUCAAUAAUGCGUUCGAUUAAAAAAGCAUUAUGGAUUUGUUCAAUUGUUUAUAUUAUGAUUGGUUAUACUGGUUAUAUUGCAUUUUAUAAUUUGAAUUUUUCCGGAAAUAUUCUACAAAAUUUACCAUCCGGUUUAACAACCAAAUUAACAUUAUUAUCAUUUUUAAUAACAAUAUUAACAAGUUUUCCGCUUUGCCUAUUUCCAAGCCGUACAAGUUUACAUUCAUUAUUAUUUCGUAAAGGUGUACAUUAUGAUCUUCUUAGUACAUCACAUUCAUCCAUUCAUAUGUCCGAUUAUCAUUUUAAAUUAUUAACCAUUUUGUUGAUUAUAACAACAAUGGGUAUAUCGAUUAUAUUUCCACGUGUUGAAUUAAUAUUGGCAUUGGUUGGUUCAACAAUCGGUUCAACAAUUUGUUUCAUAAUACCGGCAUUAAUUUUUAUCAAAAUUUGUGAUAAAAAUACUAUUGAAUAUUUAUUUUCAUAUUUAUUAUUGUUUUUCGGUACGGCUAUAUUAAUAUUUUGUACAAUGUCAGCCAUACAUAAUAUUUCAAUGGCAAGAGAUACGGAAAUUGAAGAAAAAAUUAAUGAAUUUAAACAACAAAAAUUCAACAUUCCCAAUAAUAAACAUUCACAAAAUGGUGAUAAUGAUGAUGAAAAAUCAAUAAAACAAUCACCAAUGGAUAUGAAAAGUCGUAUAAAUAAUAUAAAUAAAUUAAAAAAAUCAAUUGAAAAUGAUAUGAAUCGUUUAAAAAAACAGCAAGAUAUUUAUAAACGAUUAGAACAUCAACAACAACAACAACAACAAUCGAAUGUGAUUGGUAAAAAAUCUAAAAACAUUACAAACACUUUCGAUAGAAAAAUAAUUAUCGAUCAUCAAUCAGCAGAUAAAAAGAUUAUUAAUGAUAAAAUUCGAAUCAAUCAAUCAACAAUCAUAUCGAAAUCAUUGUUGGGUGUAAAUAGUAGUAGUAUUAUUAAUAAUGGAACAAAAUCGAAUAAAUCUUCAUUAUCAUCAUCAUCAUCAUCGGCUAUCUCAACAAUUCAACCACCGUAUACAAUUGAUACGUCAUUAUUAUCAAGUAAAAAACCAAGUAAAUUUCUUACUAAUUAUGGUAAUUAUUCAAUAAACAACAAAACUAAUCAUUCCAAAAUCAACAAUAAUCAUCAUAAUCAUAAUGAUACCCGAUCAUCAUUACAAAAUCAGAAAUUUAAAAUGAUGACAAACAAUUCCAACAACAACAACAACAAUAAUAAAUCUCCCAUCAAAUCAAUCCUGAAUGAUACAUUACAUUCUUCUUAGAUUUAAAAAAUGAAACUUUGAAACUUUUUUUUUUGAUUAAAAAUCAUUAAAUUUUCUUCUUGUUGAUAUAUA